AUGCUUCUGCUUCGCAUCGCAUUAAUAAAAAAAAAUCGCAACGCACUACAUGAAUGCUGUGCUUCGCACCGCUUUAAAAAUCAUUCAUCAGUUAACGUUGCAACGAACAAUCUUCCAUUAGUAAAUCUUGCAACGAAUAAUCUUCCAUUAAACAACGCUGCAAUGAAUAAUGAUUCAUCAGUACAUCCUGCAACGAAUGAUUAUACCUAUGACGAUCUGUGGCUUGGAAUAAUGACCUCUCCCAACACAGAUGAUUGUGAAAUGUCAUCUACUUCAUCUGAAGAUGACACAGACACAGAAAUAUAUAAACUUGAACAAAAAAUAAAAAGCUUAACUGAGAAGUUCAAGAAAAAGGUUUCAGGUGGCAAUCCAAGAAGUAUUAAACAAGCAAUAGAGGCCAAACAAACGAGACUUGAUAUAUUGCAUGACAAAAAAGCUAAUGAAAACAAGGAAAACAUGGUUUAA